AUGGCAGGAAUAGGACUCGCAGGGUACGAUGGGUGGGCAGGAGAGCCCGACUACCAAUGGCCUCCCGCUCAAGCAGGCGUCUCUCAGCACGUCGACUUUGCUAUGAACCACAUCCUUCCGCGGAAUGGACCAGGUCCCGAAGUACAGCAGACUUUCCGGAUCACGAUGCCCGCUCAACAGUCGUGGGGGGUAAUAGUAGGAAAUGCUAUUCAACAAUUCGACAUCACCACGCCGGCUCAUCAAGUCCAAGGAACAAUCAUGAGUGCAGGAACUAUGACCGAUCCAGAACUUGAUCGCACCUUCACUCGUAUAUUCACACUCAGGGAAAUGGAGCGACUGGGCGACUUUGAAAUCCAUUUCACCCAAAAUCUGUUCAACCACCUCUACGUGGAAAAAUACACGGAGCAACGGGCUAACUGGAGGAGGUUGAAGUUCAGCUGGAAGAAAUUUCGACCGAUUGUUUACGUCUUUCAAUACGCCACGCUUUUGGCUCAGCUAAAGACUAACGACCUCGGAAACCAUCGUGAACUCAUCGACGAGACACUAAGCACACUGGGCCUCCUGAUCCCCCAGGACGAACAUUCUCAGAGAUGGUUCAGCAAAAGGUGGAAUAAAAGCAAGCGAAUUGACGGUCUCUACGCGGUAGACCGAGCCGCGGGACGGCAGAACGCAAGGUCUCGCCGAAUUCGCGAUUUCCACCACUGGAGGGCCCGGCUCCUGAUCCUCGAGAAGGAAUUCGACGACACCUCGCCACAGACCCCCUUGGCAUGGUGGCACGAUCGUCGCCGCGGCCGAGACUGGGCGACCUUCUGGUGCAGUGUCCUCGCCAGCGUUAUCGCCCUAGUCGCAUUCAUCCUGGCUAUAUGCGCGACGUGGUACGGGAAAAAAUCCGUGGAUCAGGCUGUCAUCGCAAACGUGUAUGCCAGCAUUGCGAGUUCAAGUGCGGCCGCUGCGGCAAGUCUGAGUUCCCAGUCCUCGAUGGCUGGGAAUGCUUCCACAUCUUUUGCUGCGACGACUGUUAACAACUGUUUCGUGGAAUGUUGCUAUGAGGCUAUUGCGAGCAGUAUUAGUUGUGACAAGCCAACAUCAUCUACGGCGCAAGGACCCUGUUCAACCAUUCCCAGUUCAGCGGACACCGGUUCGAAGCCUUUCACUUCAACAACCCCUUUCACGGCAUCAGCGUUUUCUGAUCAGUCGUCUUCUAUUACAACGCACACCAGUUCAACGGUCCCAGGUCCGACGAGUCUUCGUACUACGUCUCUCGGCUCAACAUCUCCUACUUCCAAUCAGACGUCCCUUAUUUCAAUAUCGCCCAGUUCAACGACUCCUAGCUCGACGUCUCCUGAGCUGACAUCUCCUAGUUCUACGUCUCCUGACUCAAUAUCUCUUAGUUCAGUAUUACCCGAUCCGACGUUUGCCAUUUCGACAAUCCUCAGUUCGACACCUCCCUCUCUACCCAGCUUCUACAGCCUCUCAGUCGGCCCUGGACGACCACAGACCUGGACACAGCCUGGACCACUAUGA